AUGGGCUGCACGUUCUCUGGAAUUGAAGAGGUCAACCUCGAAAAGAGGGAACUAGAGACAUAUGUAACACCCGAGGAUAUCCGAUUAGUCAAGGAGAGCUGGAAAAUCGUAGGGCAGGAUCUAAAUGGAGCGGGGAUGAUGGUCUUCCACAAGUUGUUUGAGAAAAAUAAAGAUCUUAAGAAGCUGUUCCAGAAUCUGACCCGGCUAGAGGCGGAUGGGGAGGUUGUAUUGGACGACGAGAAGCUACAGACGCACUCCCGGAUCGUGAUGGACGGGCUGGGGGCGGCCGUAGAGAGUCUGGAGGAUUCCGUGAUACUGACCAACAUCCUGAUACUGAUGGGGGAACGGCACGCCGGAUAUCACGUCAGACCGGAAAUGGUCGGACUUUUAUGGCCUGCCAUUCGGGAUACAUUUAAAGAAAAACUAGAGGAUGAUUUUACUCCCGAUAUUGCACGCGCAUGGACGCACGUGUUUGACUACUUAAAGGCCAGAUUUCAGGAAGGAAUCCGACGGGGACGAAAUCAGAAGAAUGAGAUGUGAGCGAGAUGUCAUUAAUAUUUCAGGAAUUAUGACAAAUUCUUAAUGAAAUGCUCAUAAAACUAUUUAAUUAUCUGAUACAGGAUUUAAUGAUCGAAUUCUACUCAGGGAUUUAUAGAGUGUGUCGACACUGUUACUUAUUAUCGAUUUGA